ACCGCACAUUCCAUCUCCGCACGUCGAACUACCCCAUCACACCUCACAAGCAUGCCCAUUCUCCCAUCGAUCCUUCUCGGCUUUCUCGGCGGACAGCUCUUUACGCGUGCCAUUUAUGAUCACGUCUGGUAUGCGGUCGGCGUUGGGGCCGAUCCGUCGACGCUGAAGUCGAGGGUUACUGCAACGCAGAGGCAGGAAGCUUUGACCUUCUACCGCACGCUGGGCAACCAGCCCGUCAACUUCCUGUAUGCCACCGCAGCAGUCGCCGCCCUCGUCCUCCUCUCCGCCCUUCUUCAAUCAAUCGUAGAUUCCAAAAAGCGGAUCCCAUCCCUCCUGUCGUUCCUCACCUUCAGCGGCGCGACAGCCACGUAUCUGCUGAAAGUGCAGCCGAUUCUGACGCAUAUCAGCAAGCUGGGGGUUAGGAGGGAGAAGGCAGACACGGAGGCGAAAACACUGUAUGAUCUGGCGCUUUGGCAGGGGGUUGUGGGGGUUGCUGUUGUGGUUACGUUGUUGUUGCAGGCGGGACUGGCCGAGGCCGAGAGUGAGGGGGUGAAGAAGGUGGCUGCGAAGGGGAAGGAGAAGAUCAAGGCUGCUAAAAACCAGUGAGGGUUUUGCGAAGAGGAGCGGCGCAGACCAAGCUUUUCGAAGAGCAGGCUGACAGCUUAAUAAUCCCGCCGAAGAAUGUAGUGUAGCAAUUGAACUAGUCGUUGGCAGACCAUUCCUGGCGUAGUAUGUAUAUAUGAUU